AUGGCAACACCAACGAAGCAAGCUCUACCAGGAUCUGGAGACGGAUGGGUCAUCAGACCCACUGCUGCAAAGGAGCACCCACAAAGACGACUUUUAAACGAGCCCAGUGCUACCAGGAAUAUCUACAGCAGGCGGUGUAAAGCCCAGGAAGACGAGGAAUCGGGACUGGAAGCAUUGGAGGCGGCAAACUACACCGAACCAGCUCCGAAAACGCAAGAAGAGCACUCUCUCGAGAUUUAA